UUGAGCCUGGUAGCUCGGGGUUGACGAGUGUGUCAUUUUCCGUCAAAGAUGACGACAUUCCUGAGAGCGAGGAGAUAUUUACCCUCAGGAUGUACGUGUUCGACCCAAAUGUUCGAAUAGGAGCGAAUAGUCGACUGCGGGUGACUAUUGCAGCAAGCGAUGAUGCUUAUGGGGUGUUCGUAUUGAUUCAGGGCAGCGGUAUCUACAGGAGAUCCUUCGACCUCUGGUCGUCCCAGUGCUGCAGCAAAUUGGGCCUGCUGCUGCCCUUCAUGACAACACAGCCUUCCCCGAUGAUUGUUAAGGAGAGAAGCUACACAUAUAUUGCCAAUGUCAAGAUUCAGCGACAAGUUGCUUAUUUUGAAACUGUGGAAGUUAACUUUCAGGUGAAUUCAACCAGCGACUCUGGACUGCUGGGUGACGACAUACUGCCGGUGUCGGGAUCAAUCACUUUUCAACCUGAAGUAAAAGAGGCAAACAUACCACUGCAGAUUCGUAUUGACGAGACAAGUACCAUUUCAGCAUUGAGAUUAGAAGUACAAUUAGUACAUGUAUACCCACUAAUGUACUAUUUUAUGUUUCCAACGUCGAAACAGGAGCCAGAAGACAAUGAGAGUUUCUUUGUCAGGCUAACAUCUGCCAGUCGGAAUGCCAAGGUUGACCCUCGUGCUGUUGAAGUUAUCAUUGCGGCGAAUGAUGCUCCUUUGAAAUUUUCACAGGCACAGUAUCGUUUUGAAGAGGGGCCCGGGGACAAAACUGUGAGCAUUGAGGUCACAAGAGGCGUAGCAGAGGAUGGAAUUGGAACUAUUGGACCUAUAGAUAAAAAAGUUACUGUUAGUUUCUCCUUCUCAAGCAAAAGUGCCCACUCCAGCUCCGAUUUUACUGGCAAAGAUGGCAGCUUGACUUUUGCUCCAGGAGAAACUUCAAAGUUCAUCAGUUUUGUUGUGAGAGACGACAAUUUACCGGAAAUUGAGGAAUUCUUCACUGUUCGACUGAAAGACGUUGAUGAAAUGCUUGCCACGACCGACGAUCAUGUAAACAUGUUAUUAUGUGUGCUUUUUUUUAGUGAUGGACAAAAUGAGGCUGUGAUAUCCCUGACAAUUGUUCAAGACAACACACCCGAGCCAGCUGAAAAGUUUCAGUUGAUGCUGCAGACAGCUUUUGUUACAGGAAAUGCUAGAGUGGAGGGUAUUUCCACAGCAUUUCUCCUUCUUGAAGACAGUGACAAUGUUUAUGGGACAGUAGAAUUUGGACCAGGAACUGACCAUAAGCUUGUGACAGUAAGCAUAUCAUGUGAAGUUGCAAGAAAUUAUAUAAUAGAUUUAAAUGGCAAUCUUUUUAAAAGCUCCUAUCUUUAUUUUGUAAUGCCACAGACUCUGCUUGUGGUAAGUGCCAAAGUUUGUUUCCUUUAUAGAACAAUUAAUAUAAAUGCUUCGAAAUUAGACAUAGAGGCCACGCUUCCUGAGGGGGAAGAUCCUAUUGUGAUAAGUUUUGAACUGCAGCCAACAACAUUUCUUGUUGUUGGUGGAGAGUUUCAAGCUACAAUUACUGAGCUGGGAUUUGAAAUAGGUGACCAAGUCGGACAAUCAGCCCGAUCCAGCUGUCGCGGGCACCCCCAUAAUUCUAAAUCAUUUCUAUUUUCAGAUCCAAAGUUUGGUGCGUACAACAGCCCCCAACUUGGAACACGCAAACAGGUCACUGUUAUUGUGUCCUCAAUGGAGGCUAAUGGAGAGACUGGGUUUUUUAAUGUCACCAGUCAGGUUGUGGAUGAGCCAGAGUCUGGAGUGACACAGGCAAGCCAAGCUUCUCCUCCCUCCUUUUCCCCCUCUUUGAUAUUUCUUUUGAGAAUGAGACACGCCCAUGAAAAGAACAAUGAAAAGAUGCCAAAAAUGAGUGAUAUGUGUAUGUCAGAAGCGUCUUUGUUCAUAGGAAUUCUACCUGAUGAUACGCCUGAGUUGGAUGAGGUCAUGGUUGUUACUUUAGAGAGCAUUGAACCAUUUGACACUCAGAGACUAAGGCUGGGCUCCACUUCAGUCUCUAUCACUGUCAGGGCCAAUGAUAAUCCUGGCGGAGUGAUAGAGUUCUCUUCUCUGAUGAAUCUCUCUUACAGUGUAUCAGAAGGAGUUGAAACAAUAAACGUCAUAGCAGAGAGGACAGGGGGUACCUUGGAAGAGAGUUCGGUACAAUAUUCUGUCGUUCCCAAUGGAAAUGAAGAAUUCUUUGGGGGAACAAAGAUUUUAUACUUUCCACCUGGUGUUAAACAAGCGACAGGGAGAAUUCUUGCAAAAGAGGACGGAAUACCAGAGGUACUCUUCUUUUACUCUUAUAGGUGUAAAUAUGAACGUUAUUUCCUUGAAUUGUCUCCUGUUGGCUCGGCUGUUUUGGGCGAAAGGACUCGCAUCACUAUCAGAGUAGCAGGAAGUGACAACCCAUAUGGGGUCAUCCAGUUCUUCAAUAGUCCUAUGGCAGUAUACACAAGUGAAGGCCAACCUGGAGAACAGCUUGAAGUGUCUAUUCAAGUCCAAAGAGACCUGGGCACAUUUGGAACCGUUCAAGUUCCCUGGACAGUGACACCGGCAGGUCAAACAGAUCUAACACCUCCUAGUGGAACUUUGGUGUUUGAGCCAGGCCAAGCUGACAAAAACAUAACUUUGACAGUGGUGAAUGAUGAGCUGCCAGAGCCAGAUGAAACUUUUGCCUUACAACUGUCAGCGCCUGAUGGAGGAGCUGUGGCAGGGAGCCCCAUGGUAGCCACGAUAACUGUGCUAGAAAAUGAUAACCCAGUAGAGUUCUCAGAUCCAUUGAUCUACACGUUGGAGCCUUCAGACGUAUCUCUUACUAUAGUUCGCCGAGGGAAGCUGGAGAAUCCUUCUACUGUGUACUAUCGCACUCUUGAUGGCUCGGCAUCCAUGCUUGACCAAGACUACAGGCCGGUACAGAUUCAAGAACUUGUGUUUUCUCCUGGAGAAAGGGAGAAGGUGAUAACAAUUGUUGUUUGGGAGGAUGAUGUUCCAGAAGGGAAUGAAACGUUCUCUGUCCAGCUUUUUGAUGUCAGUGGGGAUCUUAUUACUACAGAGGACUCCACAGCUACAAUUGUGAUAUUAGCCAAUGAUGAUGCUUAUGGUGUGUUCAAGUUUGCUCCCCCUGCCCAGGGAGAAGUGGAGGAAGGCAGCACAGUCUUUUUUGACAUCAUUCGUGAUCGUGGCACCUUUGGAUCUGUUCGUGUUUUCUGGGAACUGAGGACUCUGAAUAACAUCAAACUCGCACCAAAUGAUGGGUUUGAAGUCACCAGUGGUCAGAUGGAUUUUGACCCUCAGGAGAGUCGCAGACCUUUGGGUAUUACUCCUUUGGCAGAUGAGGUUCCAGAGAAAGCGGAGCAGUUUUUGCUGGUCCUUACACAAGUGGAGGUUCUGUCUGGGCUAGAUACAGCUGGGUUGGCGUCUCUGGCUAGCAAAGACCUGGUAGCCACAGUCAAUGUUGCUGCCAGUGAUGAUCCUUAUGGGAGGAUGGCCUUUGCCUCAGAGGCGAGAGAACUGAGUGUGGCGGAGGAUGUAUACCCUGGCAAUGAAGCGAGCAGGCAGGCAAGAUUUGUGGUGGAGAGAAGGCAGGGGACACAGGAUCAAGUGAAGGUCCUAUGGGAGAUCUUCUCCGACCAGGUGGGAGGGAACUUGCCGCCAGUUCAUGACCUUUUGUUCAUCAGUCAGUGGCCUGGCUCCAUGAACGAUGUGACGGAAAAAAGGAGACUGGGCACAAUGACGCCAGCACUGCUCUUUUCUGGAGCUUUUGGUAAGAAAAACAGUUCAUAUGUGACAGUUGCUCAAAGUGACAUACCAAAUGUCUCUGAGGCCACAGAUGGUUUCACGCUCUCAGCAUGGAUUCAGCCUCUGAUUGCUGCCAAUGGCUACAUAUUUGCUCACUGCACUGCAGAUGGCUUAACGCACUUCUACAGUUUGAAGAUAACAACCUCAGAUACUGUCUCUUACCUGCAGUUCAGGCUGUCUACACUUGCGCAGCCUUCUGUUGUGAUUGAUGUGGAGUCCUCAACUGUAAUACAGGAUGGGCAGUGGCAUCAUGUGGCAGUUGCUGUUGGAAACACUAGUGUUGCUUUAUAUAUUGAUGGCAAGGUUGUUGGAAGCAGAAGGUACGCUUAUUUGAAUGUUAGUGUCCCAAUUCGAAGUCUGUUCAUUAAUUGUCAAUUUCAGCAUUUUUUUGCUUCUCUUUACAGAGCCAUUGUUGAGUCCUCAGUCCCGACUGGUGGAGUGUUACUGGUUGGAGCUCAGCCCCCUGGUACUGACAUUUUUGCUGGCUACAUGCAGGAUGUUAGGAUUUUCAUGAGAGCUUUUGAAUCCAGGUACUGUUUCAAAAUUCAUCUUUCAUUGUGUUACCAUCAUCGUCAUAAUGGCUGUCCAGCUCAUUACUUUUGUCUGUGCAGUGCGAUUGCUGAACUGUAUGCUACUGCCCCCACGGAUGACAUCAACCCCAUCUCAGGGACUCUAACCUACGGGUCUGGUGUGCGCAGCCAGUCCUUCUCGAUAUCGUCAGUUCCUGAUAUAGAAGAGGAGGGCAGGGAAGUGUUCAUUGUGGCUUUGCUUGAUGCCACCGGGGGAGCUACUCUUUCUGUUACAGAUUCACGGACGACACUAUCAGGUGAUUUGCUUAUAAUUCUUCUUUUGCUGAGUUAUUCACAAGCUUUGUCUCACUCUUAUUUUCUGAAGAGCGACAAUGCAAAUGGAUUGUUUGGUUUUGAGCAACAGUGUGUCCCUGUGAGGACUCAGUUUGAAAACGAGACUGUGGUCUGCACUGUGGUCCGUGACCGUGGCGAUGACGGCUCAGUGACUGUGUCCUGGGUGGUUGAACAACGGCUUGGGCAAGGCACACUGGUUGAUGCAUCUGCCGAUUUUGAACAGAACAGUGGGAGCAUUGUAUUUGGGCCUGGAGAGCGAAAAAAGAAUUUUGAGGUGAGAGUGAAGCAGGAAACAACACCUGAAUUGGAUGAAAUUUUUCAAAUUCGUCUCACGUCUGUUACCUCAAGUGAUGGCUUUGUGGGGUCUACCAAUGUCAGUGGUGCUAGCAUUGAUAGCACCAGGGAAGUGUCCCAGCUGGUGGUAGAAGAGAAUGAUUACCCGUACGGAUUGUUGCAGUUCUCGGACCAGCCAGGGGUUAUCCCAACGUCAGGAAUAAUGAUUGAGCCAGUGACCUCGACUGUACAGGUCUCAGUGAGUGAAGAGGGUGGCUUGAUUCCCUUGAUUGUCCAAAGAGCUCAGGGCACGCUGGGAACAGUGAGGGCAGAAUGGCGAACAACCGACAGAACAGCGCUCAGUGAAGGAAAGUCGCCACCUGAUUAUGUGCUUGAGGGAGCAGUUGGCAGCAUUGUGAUGGGUCCUGGAGAAAUCUUUGCCUUUGUCAACGUCACAGUGAAAGACAACAGCUUGCCUGAAGCUGCGAAGAUGUUUGAGGUGGAGCUGCUCAACCCAAGUGGUGGGGCAGCCCUGGGCCCUGGAGCACUGGCUGAGGUCAACAUUGAAGCUUCUGAUGGGGCUUUUGGCAUCUUUCAGUUUGCUGAUAGUGCUCUUGAUAUUAAAGCUCCUGAAGAGGAUGGUGAUACCUUUAAUAUUGUUAGACUGCAGGUUCUGCGCUUUGGUGGCUUGAUUGGCUUGUCUAAAGUCUCUUGGGAAGUCAGAGAAAAUGAAGAUGAUGGCCUUGAUGUCAUCGAUAGACGGGGACUGCUGGAGUUUGAGCCAGGUCUAGCCUCAGCAAACAUUGAACUUCAGAUUAGAGGAGACACCGUUCCAGAGCUAGAUGAGGUUGUGACUGUGAAGCUGAUUAAUUCACUCGGGGGACAGCUUGGAGACCCUCUGAAAAGAACGGCCACUGUUACAAUCUUAGCCAACGAUGACCCAUAUGGAAAAUUUGUCGUGCCCUCUUCAUCAAGACAUCUGACAGUUCAAGAGUCCCUUCAAGACGUUCGAGUCAUUGUUCAACGUGAGGGUGGAGCUUUUGGUUCAGUAGAGGUGGAUUACGUGACCUUAGCUCGCAGCGAAAAUUAUCCUUUCCUACCUGGGCCUGUGCUGAGGGCAAGCAGCUCGUCUGACUAUCUCCCCACCCAAGGAACCCUCUCGUUCACUGAGGACCAGACAGUGGCGGAGUUCACAGUGAGGAUCUUGGAUGACUCCGAGCCAGAGCAGGAUGAAAGUGUAUUUGUGAGACUCACAGCUGUCAGACUGGUACAAGCUGCACAGCUGAAUCCAGUUCCAUCAUCCCCUCGGCUUGGACAAAACUCUGAGACCUACAGUCAGAUUAUCAUCGCUAGCAAUGAUGAUGCUAAUGGGCGGCUAGAUCUAUCAGUGUCAUCAUUGACAGUUGAAGAAUCAGAUCCCACGCCUGAUAUCAAUAUUGUCAGAUCAGGAGGAACAUUUGGAGAAGUAUCUGUGGGCUUCAGUGUCAUUGAUGGCACAGCGCGUUUAAACUUGGAUUACGUGAUCCUAUCUUCAUUUGUCACCUUGGCGCCAGGGGAAGUGAAAAAGAGGCUGCCUUUGGAGAUCAUAGAUGAUAGAGUACCAGAGCUAUCAGAGACAUUUUCUGUAAUACUGACUUCCAGAGUAACUGGGGGCGCCUUGCUUGGAGACAGAUUCAGGACCGAUGUCACCAUAUUGCCAUCUGAUGACCCCAAUGGUGUUUUCAAUUUUGUUUCAGAGGGCAUGACUGUAGAGGAAGGGAACCAAGCAGUGAAAGUGGAAAUUACUGUUAUAAGAACUGGUGGCUCCAUUGAUGUUGUUGCUGUUGGCUGGGAAGCUUUUCUCAAUGGUCAAGAGCCAAGUGAUGAUAUUUCCCCAACUUCUGGCUCUCUGUUCUUUGUCACUAAUGAUGGAAGCUUGAAAAUAUCACUGAAUGUCUUGCCUGAUGAUGUACCAGAGGGCACUGAGAACAUUGAGAUCCGACUUGUCAAUGCAAGCAAUGGAGGCCGAAUUGGGGACAAAAGUACUUUUGUGCUCACCAUCCCCCCAAAUGACAGUCCUCAUGGCUCCGUUGAACUCUCCUCGGCCGUGUUCUCUGUCCAAGAGGAUCCAGCACAAGGACCGCAGUCUGUUCAGAUUGUCAGAAGUGGGGGUGUUUUUGGCCAGAUCAAAGUAUUCUACUCAACGUCUGCUAUGACAAUUGUAGACAUGGUGGAAAGGAACGGUGGGGACAAUCUGGACAUGUUCCUGGCCCCUGUGGAAGGAGUCGCGCCAGAGCAAGGGACACAGGUGGAUGUCAGCAGAUCUAAUGAUACUUUGGAAAGUUGUUCUGCAGCAUGCAUUAUGACUUCACAGUGCAGUAGUUUUCAACACCAGAGGACUGAGACUGGAAUUAUAUGCUCAUGGUUUUCCACAACAUUUGCCGCCUCGUCUCUAUUGGCUGGAGCAAAUUCAAGCUAUUAUGAAAAAGAAAUGGAUAAAAUCAAGGAACUUGAAAUGGUGCAAGCCAGACCUGGAGAAGACUUUGAUGUCGUCACUCAAAACUCAGUCCUGAUGGAGGACGGUCAAUCUACGAGAAGCAUCCCUGUCCCUGUCAUCAACGACGCUUUGCCAGAACUUGACGAACGUUUCUUCCUGAGGCUCACAAGGAUUGAGGUUAAUGACCAGGACCUGACCUCUAGUGAUGCACCGACCUUGGGUGAGCAGACGGAAUCCAUUGUUGUAAUCAGUACCAACGACAACGCUUUUGGUGCCUUCCGAGUGUUCAGCCCAUCAGCUGGUGAAGGAGUGCGCCGGGUGGAGGUCCAAGAGACGGACAGACUUGCUGUGGAUCUGAUAAUUGAGCGGCAAGGUGGAAGCAUUGGAUUAGUGUCUGUGGAGUGGGGAGUCAGCCUGUCAGGGAGAACUGCCACAUAUGGUCAAGACUACAUUGCAGAUGGAGCCACACUGAUAUUUGACAUUGAGCAGACCAGAAAAGUGAUCACGCUGACCAUUUUGGACGACAACAUUCCGGAGGAUGAUGAGGAACUGACCGUGGUUCUGAGUAGCCCUCGAGGUGGGGCAACACUGAGUACGGAGAACACCAUCACCGUGGUCAUCCUAGCCAACGAUAUUGUGGCGGGACAGCUUUCCUUUGAGCCCACAUCUGUCUUAGCAAAUGAAGGGGAUUCUGCGGAGUUGAAGGUUAAAAGAUCCAGUCCAGCACACGGCACAGUAACAGCUGAUUGGUUUAUUGAGGGCAAGAAUGGUCUCAACCCUGCUCAGGGAUUUCAGACUAUUUCUGGAUCUCUGACCUAUUUGCCCGGGGAAACUGAGAAAACUGUGCAAUUAGUUACACUCUCUGAUGACACUCCUGAGGUUGAUGAAGAGUACACAAUCACCUUGAGGAAUAUUCAGACACAAGGUGUUGGGCCCACUGGUGCAGCUGAGCUGGAUCCAUCAUUUGGCACCGUGCUACUUACCAUUGCUGGCAGCAAUAACCCUCAUGGCAUCUUUCAGCUGUCAUUGACGUCUCCCCAGAUUAAAAUUCAAGAGAGUGACAUUGAACCCAGUAUCCAGGUUGACCGCAAAUUUGGAGCCAUAGGUGUUGUGCGUGUGUAUUAUGAAGUUGUUCAAGGUGCUCUGAAGCCCUUUGGCACACAGCGUAGUCCAGCCAAUGCAGGGCAAGAUUUUGUGGCUGUCAAUCCAGGCUUUAUUGAUGUCCAAGACGGUGAAGCUUCCGGAACAAUUGUAUUCACUGUCAUAGAUGAUGUCAUUCCGGAGAUUGAUGAGGUGUUUGUUCUGCGUUUGACCCGAGUAGAGCUUAUUGACUCAACAAACAAUGAAUCCCCUCCUGCUCUUGCUACAAAUGGAACGGAAACAGAAAUCAUCAUUGGUGCUAAUGAUGGAGCUCAGGGCAUCAUACAGUUUGCACCAGAUUCACGAAAUGUUACAGUUAGUGAACAAGGACAAAACAUAUCUCUGACAGUACUGAGGGGAGGAGGCACUUUUGGCCAAGUGUCUGUUUUCUACUACAGUCAAGCAAUAACUGAAACGACUGUACAGUCAGCUGACUUCGAAAUGAUGGCUUCUGAACUGGAGUUUGCAGAGGGAGAAUCACGAAAAAGCAUUGUGAUCACGAUCAUUGAUGACACUGAACCAGAACCGGAUGAAGUGUUUGAGGUGAUUCUUGCAAGUCCGAAGAAUGGAGCUGUUCUAGGAGAUAAAGUCAGGGCUUCUGUUACAAUACUGGAAAAUGAUGUUUCUGGAGGCGUGAUUUCUUUUGACACAGUUGAUACCAUUGAACUUUCUGAGCUUUCAGAUGGCAAUCCUUCCAACUCAAAGGCUGAAAUUUUGAUAACCCGUGGACCAGGGUCGUUCGGAGAAGUCAAUGUGGCUUUUACAGUCACAACUCCACUGGGCCAAGUUUCUCAAGAUGUGUCACCAUCUGUUGGGACCGUGACAUUAACAGACAGACAAACAAGUGCUGUCCUCACGCUGGAGGCUGUGGAUGACGAUGAGCCAGAGACAGAGGAGGACUUCACCCUCAGCCUGCAGUCAGUGACAGGGACUGCUGUGCUGGGACAGAUCACAUCCAGGGCAGUGAAGGUAGCCGCCAGCGAUGCCCCCUAUGGUCUGCUGGAAAUGUUUACAACUGAUGGCAGAGCAUCUAGUGUCUCUGUGGAGGAAACCUUUGACUGGCUGAAGUUUGAUGUGGUGAGGACGCAGGGAGUGCGUGGCCGGACAACGGUAGAUGUUGUCACACUGCCCGGCUCUGCCACCACAGGAAUUGACCCGUCACGGGUUGUGUUGGCUCCAAUGGCUGAAGCUGAAGGUGUCAUGACGACCUGCUGGCAUCAGAUCAAUGUGGAGGACAAUGUCUACUUGGUUAUGCUGACUUCUCUGCCAUCUGACACCCAGCUGGCUGCGCUUUUACCCACAAGUGCUUCUGUAGGGCCAGGGCAGUCGGUGCUGUACAGAUGGCAGGGGCAGCUGGCCUAUGUGAAGAGUUUCAAUACUGAUGGUGCCACUGCAGCUACCUCGUUUGACAUUGGAGACAGCACAUACCUUGUGGUGGCUAACAGUGGCCGGGAGGGAAAGAGACAAGUUUCAUCUUUAGUUUACAGAAUUUCUCCUGAAGGGGACAUGGAACAGGUCCAAGGCCUUCCUACCAGUGGUGCCACAGAUGUAGAGUAUUUCAACCAUGGUUCUGCACACUUCCUGUUUGUCACCAACUCAAUGGAUGACCAGUCCCGGUCGGCCAUCGCCAGCCAUCUUUACGAGUGGGAUUCAGCUCUUGCUCGGUUCACUUCUGCUCCGAAGCAGUUGGUGCCCACUCUGUAUGCCCAAAGUGUGACCAGUUUCAAAACGGAUGGAUUCACUUUUGUUGCUGUUGCAAACUACAGGGAUAUGAGCACUGGCUCCUAUGAGAUAAGCUCUGUGGUGUACCAGAUGGAGUCGGACUUCUCCCUUGUCCAGCACCAGCAGCUGAGCACACAAGGCGCCAUCAGCAUCACUCAUGCAGCCGGACAGGGCAGCCAUCUUUUAGUGGUGGCCUGUAACCAGCAAAAUGAGGUCUCAACACCACAGGAUUCUGCUGUUUACAGGUGGGACUCCCUUUCAAGAGCUUUUGUCUUGCACCAGUCAAUAGCAACAAGCAGAGCACAGAAAGUUACAUCUUUGACCACCAAUGCUGGUUCAGAUUUUCUGAUAUUUGCUAAUGCUGUUGGCAAGUCCGAAAUGUUUGUGUGGGAUAUAGAAACCAGUCUGUUCAGAUCUGCUUGGAAAGGAAGCCCAUAUUUGUCGCUUGACCCUCUGUCCAUCCGCCAGCGAACAGACUCUCUCUACCUGAUUGCUGCCUCCAGUAACGAUGGACGAGAGACUCCAGUGAUUUAUCAGAUUGCUCAAGUUUCAGAAAAAAGUGACUAUGUGCCUCGUCGAGUGACAAUGAUCUUUGAACCUGGUCAGACUUCUUUGCAAACUUCUGUGGUCAUCUUGACCGAUGAAGUACCAGAGGAUACAGACAACUUUUCAGUGGCUCUGACUUCUCCGACUGGAGGUGCUGAAUUGGGGGAGAGAACAACAGUCUCAGUGGAUAUACUGUCCAAUGAUGAUGCUCAUGGAGUCAUAGAGUUUUCUCAGGAUUCCUUGUCUAUGGCUGUUGAGGAAACAGAUGAUGCAGACAACACUGUACAUUUGAUUGUCAUCCGAAGGCUGGGGUACUACGGUCGUGUGACAAUUGCAUGGCAGGCCACAGGGGAUCAUAGUGGAGUAGGAGACAUUACCCCUUUGGCAGGACAGGUUGAGUUUGGAAAUGGUCAGACUGUAGCUACGAUCAGCCUGACCAUCAGAGACGAUCAAGAAGCAGAGUUUGCAGAAGUGACUUAUGUGAGGUUGACAGAGGUUGUGGAAUCUGGCACUGAUUUGGAUGCUCGGGGUGCUAAACUGGGUGAUAAUACUUUAGCAGUGGUCACUGUCCUGGCUAAUGACUCUCCACAUGGGGUGGUAGCAUGGGAGACAACCGGUGUCACAGUUUUGGAGCCAGACGGAACAGAUCAGUCUGUACAGUUGAUAGUGACUCGCAAACAAGGCUUGGAGCGGAGCAUUCGGAUCUACUAUGUCACUUCAGUGUCCCCAAGACUGCCCGAAUCUGAGCAAGCAAUAUCAGGAGAGGACUUUGUAGCCUCACAAGGUUCUGUGGUCAUGGAGGAAGGAGUUUCAAAAACAGCUAUUGUUGUGGUCAUCAAACAGGACAGCAUCCCUGAAGCAGCCGAGACAUUCCUGGUCAACCUGACGUCAGUGACCCUUCUUGGCGCCGAUGCUGGAGAUGCCGGUCCAAGCAUAGCUGUGGGAGAGGGCGUCAUGGAAGUGACCAUCACAGAGAAUGAUAACGCUAGAGGUGUUGUGGAGAUGGAUGUCAAAACGAACAUAGAGGGCCGCCUUGAUGUGUACGAGGAAUACAACAAGAACGUCACUAUCACUUUGCCUUUGAAGAGACUCGUCGGUUUCUUUGGCUCUGUCACAGUGACAUGGCAGGCAGAUCCAGGGGAAGCAGAUGCCCUUGACUACACCCCAGGGGGAGGUACCGUUAAAUUUGAUGACCAGCAGAAGACAGCAAAUAUUUCCAUCACCAUCCUUGACGAUAGUUUGCCUGAGGAUAUGGAGACAUUUGAGGUGAAGCUGAUACAAGUGAGUGGAGAUGCUGGCUUGGGCAUUUCUCGCAGUGUGCGGAUAGCUAUAUUGAAAAAUGACUCCCCGUCUGGUCUCUUCAGAUUUGCUACCUCAGAGGUGGAAACAAAAGAGUCGUUGACGACCUCAGAUGAGCAAGGUCAAGCUAUAUUAGUUGUCCAACGUAUCCAAGGUACUCAGGGACUGGUCAAUGUAAAGUGGAGACUUAGUGCGGAUGGAGCUUCAGACUUCAUGCCACCACUAGAGGGAGAGGUGGCCUUUAUCCAGGGUGAGGUUGAGAAGACAAUGGUCUUGCAGACUCGCCCAGACACUGUGCUGGAGGGAAGAAAAGAGUUUGUUGUGUCUUUAGUAUCGGCCAGUAAUAAUGCGGACAUUUCACCAACAGAUGGGGACUGCAAAGUGAUCAUCCUUCCAGACCCUGGUGCCAGUGGAAGAGUCUCUAUUUUACCAGAAUUCAGGACUGUAUUUAUUGGAGAACCAGGUGAAUCGAGCCCAGGUUAUGCUGGAGAAGCUGAAGUGAGACUCACAAGAGGGACAGGGAUCUUUGGGGAAAUUCUCGUCACUUGGGCCAUCACUCCGCGGGAUGUCUCUGCUUUCCUACAGGUGGAGGGUACUGUCAAGUUCUUGGACUUACAGCAGACAGCUUCCAUUAUUCUACAGACCAGAGAUGACAACAUUCCAGAGCUGCAGAAAAGCUUUACCCUCCAGAUCAGUUCAGCGUCUGGUGGGGCGGUUGUGUCAAGUGUGUCCGGAGAGUACACAGCAAACAUUGUGUUUGUUGCCAGUGACUACCCUCACGGCCUGGUUCAGUUCUCCCUACCUGAAAUUGUCACAGUCACAGAAGAUCAAGGACAGGUGCGUCUCACAGCCACGAGAGGCAAAGGGCUCCACGGGGAGCUGCGGGUGGCCUACACAACAACCGCUGACACAGCCAAGGCAUACGAGGAUUUCCUCCCCAGUGCUGGCACUCUGACAUUCCUGCCCUCUGUCAGCUCUCAGACUAUUGACGUCAGUCUAGUGCCUGACGAUAUUCCAGAAGGACCUGAAGACUUUUAUGUCUACCUGACCUCUGUCGUGCUUGUGAAUGAUAACAACGACUACAGUAUGGUGUCAGGGCUGAGCAGAGAUAUGGCUCCAGCCCUGGGGACUCUGGUUGUAAAAGUUGUACGCAUCGACAUAAACGACAAUGCACAAGGAACCAUUCAGUUUGAAUCUGAAAAUUUUGAAGUUCGAGAAGAGAGUGGUCUGGCCAGUAUCCCUGUGGUGAGAGUUGGUGGCAGGUUUGGGAGGGUGACUGUGGAGUACGCCACUGAGAUGCUGACCGCUACUGUUGAUGUUGACUAUCUGGAGGCCAGUGGAGAUCUGAUUCUGGACGAUGGAGUGGACAUGGUCAAAAUCAAUGUCACGCUCCGAGAUGAUACGGAGAUGGAACCCAGUGAGACCUUCAAAGUUGUAUUGACAGCUCCAACAGGUGGUGCCUCUCUUGGAGAUGCGUCCACAUGCAUGGUGACCAUCCUGAAGUCUGAUUUUCCUAAUGGGAGAUUUGCUUUCCGUGGAGACACAGAACUCUCCUUAGAAAACCCAGAGCAAGAACGCCGAGAGGCUCUGUUCAUUGAGAGGACCGGGGGAGUUUUAGGCCAACAGCAGGUGUUUUGGCGCAUCAUGGGUCCCAACAACCCAGACCUGCAGCUGGAAGACACGAGUGACAUCAGCAGCACAAAUGGUGACCGUCAGGUGACCUCAGGCUCCCUGAUGUGGAGUAGCGGAGAGGCGGGGGAGAAGUCUCUGUCCCUGGACAUCAAACCCUACACCACCUGGGAGGUGGAGAAAUCUUUUGUUGUGGAGCUGUACAGAGUGACAGGCUCACCGGCUGGUAUAGGGGAUGGAGAUGUGGAUGAGGAAAUGGGUCAUGUUAUAAUCAAGAUUCAACGAUUUGGAGAUCCAAAUGGAAUUAUUGGAUUCACUGGUGCAGCUGCUCAGAACAGACAAGUUGUGGAGCCAGACGGUGUUUCCUCUUUGACCCUGCUCUUCCCAAUAGCUCGUCGUUCUGCCACAGGUGUCACGGGCAACAUGCAGAUUUACUGGGAGGUGAGAGGUGCCAAGCUGGAGGACUCUGACAUACAACCUCUGGAAGGUUCCAUUAUUCUAGCAGAAGGCAAGAGAGAAGGACAGAUUAGCUUACAGAUUUUGCCCGAUGAGCUUCCUGAGUUGACUGAGACAUACACUGUGGCCUUGGUCCGGAUCGAGGGAGGAGCAAACAUCGACAGCGAACACAACACUUCGACCUUCAGCAUAAGAUUCAACGACCAUCCUCAUGGUGAGUUUGGAAUACUGCCACAGUUUCAGAUGAUUGAAGUGGAUGCCUCGGAUCUGUCUAGAAAAGUUAGACUGAACUUCACACGCUACUAUGGAACCUUUGGAGAUGUGAUUCUCACCUUUACGAUUUCAUAUGAUGUUAGUAGUUCUGGGGUUGCCUUGGAGCUGAACACAGGCACCUUGAGGUUUGCUGAAGGCCAGCGGGAGGGCAUAACUCUUGUUGGCAUCACAGGCAAUGGUUUUCUAAGGCUGGGCUCCACCUUCACAGUGUACAUCACAGAAGUACAGUAUCUUGGGGCUGGAAUGGCAGAAGCACCAAGUAUCAGAGCUGGAGAGUCCAAGGCUCAGGUGGAGGUCCCAGCUUUGGCAGCAAACACAGAGCUAAGCUUUGCCUCUGACAUAGCUUUCGUGAAAGAAGAAGAUCGAAUCCUAACAGUACAACUGAAACGUUUUGGGACAUAUGGAAAUCUGGUUGCUGACUGGCUUAGUGGCUACUCUGCUGCGGGCCGGCCCGAUGGAGUGGCUAAUGGAGAGACUAACCCUAGUAUUGGCUCUGUAAACUUUGCCCAUGGACAAGAGGAGGCCAGUGUCUCGGUGCAGGUUUUACCUCAAGUUGAGCAAGCCGAAGUGUUUGUUCUGAGACUUCCUCGUGCGCCUCAGUCCCUGGUCAGUGGGGGAGCUCGUCUUGCCAUGACUGACCUCAUAGUUCGAGCAGAUCCAUCCGGCCUCAUUCGCUUCUCUGAUGAUUCUCUGACACCUCAAGUUUCAGAGCUGGAUGGGCAGAUCACCUUGACCAUUUGGCGACUGUAUGGAUCAGAAGGACGCAUUGCUGUCUACUACCAAACAGUGGCCGACACAUCGUUAUCCGGCCUGGAUUACCAAUCUGUUCCUGACAGUGUAGUUUCCAUGGACCCUUUGCAGACUGUGGCCACCAUUUCUGUCCAGGUGUACCAAGACAACAUUCCAGAACAGGCUGAAAAAUUCUAUGUGAACCUGACGAGAGUUGAGCUGUUCCCCACUCCUACUCAACCGGUUCAAAGCCCAAGAGUUUCUCGACUGAACAGCCUGAGUCAUGUGACUAUCAGUGAGAGUAACGACCCUUACGGUAUUCUGUGGCUGAGGCCCACGGAGACGAGAGUUGCAGAAUCCUUCACAUCUGUCACGCUGACCGUGGUCAGAACAGGUGGUCUUUUUGGUGCUGUGAGUGUAGUGGUGAGGACUGUGGGUGGUGGAGAGAGCUGGACCUCACAGAUUGCUGCCAGAGACAGUGGCAAUAAUGACACCAUUGCUGAUGUUCUGGGCAAGAGGAACAGCCGAGAGGUAGCUAUUGGAGGGCUUGACUAUGAUGUGCUCAACCAAGCUGUUGAAUUUAAGGCUAAUGAGAGGGAACAGCUUGUGACCUUGACCAUUCUGGAGGACAACCUGGCAGAGGCUGCAGAGACUGUCCUUGUGUACCUGACACAGCCUGUGGGCGGAGCACGGAUUGCUCUUGGAGCCCCCGAUGGUGGCCAGAAGGGUUAUGCCAUUGUGACUAUAGAAGCAAGUGACUUGAGCAAUGGGCUCAUCGGAUUCCGAGAGUCGUCUAAAAAGGUGGAGGUGGAUGAGGACAGUUCUCCAAGGUUUGCACUUAAGCUCAUCCGAUUACAGUCAUACUUCGGCACAGUUGUGGUUAAGUGGCGAGCAAAGAGUAGUUUGUCUGGGACAGUCACUGCAGAGCUGGUCAACCAACUGAAUAAGACAGAGGGGGAAGUCUUAUGUGCUCCUGAUGAAACAGAAUGUGACCUCUACAUUGAGCUCAAAGAUGACACGGAUCCUGAAGAAAAAUUCACCUUUUAUGUGGAGCUGAUGAGUGCUGCCACUGAUGCACGACUUAUUGAAGAUAGCACAAUAGCAGAAGUCACCAUCCUGCCAAGUGAUGAUGUUAGAGGACUCAUUCAGUUUGCUCCAAAUUACAGACUGGUGACUGUCGGAGAGAAUGACCGCACUGUCCGGUUGGCAGUGGAAAGGACUAAAGGGCGAGACUAUGAGGUGUCUGCAACCUACACCACUGUACAGAUGUCUCAGCGAGUGUUGGUGGCUGGCACUUAUGUGUACCCUGCCCUCGAUGCUCAGGACUUCAGGGGUCAGACAGGGUCACUGUUGUUUCCUCCACAAUCACAGGAGCUUGAGUUUAUGGACGUCAGCUUGACUCCUGUGCUGGCUUCAGAUAACCCUUUGCCCAAACAGUUCUUCAUCACUCUCUCAUCACCUACUAAUGGGGCCAGAGUAAACCAAGACGCAAACACUGCAAUUGUGAGGAUCGUAAAGGAAGAUGAUGUGGGCAUCUGGAACAUAUUACCACUUGGUGGUGGUGAUGGUAACCUUGACAAUGCAGAAAUCAUCACGGCCGUGGGUCAGUUAGAUCAAAUAGCUGAGGAUGAUGACCUGUCUAAGGAGAAUCUGAAUCUGAUUGAAGAUGUUCUUGAUCAAGUCAAUACAGAAGGAGUUCAAAGGAAAUUUCCCCAAGAAGUUACCACUGCUGUGCGGAACCUCUACUGCAAAUUGUUGGACCCUGAAAGUGCAGAUGCCCGCAAGGGACGUAACUCUCUCACUGACCGCUUGGAAGGUUUUGCUUAUACCCUCCUGACAGGCAUUUCUUGUCCACCUCCUGUCAACUUUGACAUGGAAAGUACCCAGUGUGCUAACGUGAAGAUCUCAGCAGGACGGUGGACUCCUGAUCGACUGACCAACCAUCGGUUCAAUGUCCAAUCAGAGGACAACCUGAGGGCCCCUGAAGUUCUCCCAGUCUCUGACACCUCCCAAGAUGGAACAAAUGAUGAGUGUGUAGAUUUUCAUCUAUUGGAGUAUUCAAGUCAGACAUGGUUUGAUAACGGUGAGAAUGGAGACCCCAUACUGAAUGAACGGGUCUUAGGUUUUGGUCUAAAGGAUGUUCCCUCCCAGAGGACACAGGACCCUGUCAAAUUUCGGAUACACACCCAGCGCCGACGAGUGGCUGCCAAGAGUGCAGAAUGCGUCUACUUUGACACGGGAUCCGAAAAGUGGGUGAACCCUACUGAUGUCUGCAAAGUGACCAAUGACCUGAGUUCUGGAGAUGAUGACUUUGUGGACUGUGAGUGCAAUCAUAUGUCAAGCUACGCCGUUGUAGCCACAACCAGAGAUGAAGACAUCAUAGGAUAUGUGGUCUGGUUUUAUGUGACCUGCUUUAUAUGUAUGAGCUGCAUCAUCAUCGCUGUCGCAGUCCACCAUGUUUGUUUCUCAGCAGCUACUUUCUCUGCCAGCUUGCACAUGCAUUUCUUGAUGGCCAUAUUUUUUACUCUGCUCUGCCUUGUCAUCGAUGCUUUCUUGUCUCCGGAUGAGAUCCUGGCGUUCUCACCUGAUGGGGACAAUGCAGACUGUAUUGCGAUGGGAGUGUUCCUUCACUACUUCUUCCUGGCUCAGUACACUUGGAUAGCUACACAGGCUAUCAAUUUCUGGAAAGUUCUAAUAAUGAAUGAUGAACACACGGAGAGAUACUACAUCAUCUUUUUCAUCAUAGGCUGGGGAGUGCCUCUUAUUCUUGUUGCCAUAUUCUACACUGUGACCUACAUCAUCUUCAAGAACCACACAGACUUGAAUGAGGACUUCAUCUACGGAGACGUCAACAGAAAUGGUGAAAUCUGUUUCAUCACAAAUGAGUUUGCAGCUCUGGCCGGUAUCCUGGCUCCGGUGCUGCUUGUGCUGCUAGUGCUGGCCUUUGUGUUCAUCAAAGCCUACCAGAUCUCCUCCCAGUGGAUGCUCUAUGACGACCUGUACAGGGGCAGGACGAACUCCAGGGAAAUUCCUUUGAUCCUGUUGAUUUGGGCCCUCCUCCUGCUGUCCAACUUGUGGCUGGGCCUGCACAUGAUCUAUGGGCACCUGUGGAUGAUGGUGCUUUUUGCCAUCACAGCUCUUAUUUUGGCAAUUUUGAUCCUUGUUAUCUAUGCUGUGUUCCGCAAUCCCUUGUUUGCGAAAUGGCUGGGACCCGUCAAGUCCUCGUACUCUUUGAGCAGUGACGUUCCACCUUACCCUCCACAAGAUCAUCAGUUCAAUCAUUACGUCAAUGCUGCCAGCAUCAAGGGUUCUCGAACAUCUUUGCUGAAUGAGGCGUGGGAGAGGAACACUGUUGGAGGUCAAAGCAGGAUGACAGUGAAGCGAGCCUUGCCCUCUCAGGUCUACAUUGACCCACCCAUGGCAGUGGUCAGUCCAGCUGCUACCAUAGAAAGUGACAGUCCAGAUUUUGAUGAUCUCAUCUACGCCUUAAAAAUGGGCCGCAGUUUGACGCCAAGUGAACUUUCCAGAAGUUUUGACGAUGACAUCUCGCAGCUUUCCGUGGUCCUUGACAGAUACGAGACAAAACGCAUUGACAUUGCUGAUACUCAUCUGUAGUCCUGAAAGAAAUGUGUUUUUUAUUUAUAAAAAUAAGCAUUCCUUACGAUAUAUGUGAAUAUUGAGCUUUUAUGUGUGUGUAAAUAACUCAUCCAUUUUUCCUGUGUAUAUAUGAUCCUCUGACAUGCUUUGUAGUUAUUUACUUCACUUGUCCACUCCUAAGCUAUUUUUUUAAAAACAGUCCCUUUUUAUCAAUUUUAAGAAUAAUUUAUGAUUCUAAUCACAGCCUGAUGGACUGUAAAAUUGGCCAGUCAUUGAGUCAUAUCCAUGUCAAAUAGCUUAUGCAGAAAUUUAAAAAAAAUAUGAAAUGCUUUUAAUUUAACAAGACAGUAUCAAACCAUCAAUCAUAUCAGGAUUGCAUGGGUCAGUUGUUGGAUUUACUUCACUGUUCUUUGAUAGGUGUGUUCUCAGUGCACAGAAGGGUAGAGGUAGGGCACUUUCAGGUUCAGUGGGUUGAAACUUUUUAAAGUGAUGAUCAGAGAGUGUUCGAAUACUAUGAAUUGUGAGACUGCAUGGCGAAAUCAGGCGCUCGUCAAAAUAAUGAAAGUGAAGAAAUCGGCAUUUUUUUUGCAGGUUUUUGGA